AUGGAUGAGGUGGAUGAAGCGAUGCGGAAGGAACUGACGGAAGAAGAGCGGAGACAAGGAACGAUUUUCACGCCUUUCUCCGAUGAUGAAUUGAGGGCAUUGCGGAGUCGAAAGCGGGAUGCACCGAACGCGAAGACGCCUGGGAAGCACUCCAAUGCUCAAUCGCGUACCCAACCCACACCACGCACAACCCGCUGUCCCCUGUGCCACUUCGACAGCCCAUCAUCAUCCCCCUUCUGCACCACAUGUCUAACCCCCUACCCACCCGGUCCGGCACCCAAAUCCCACGCUCAAGGCAUAGUAUCGUAUGACAAAUCUCCUGACAUCUACACCUCGACCAUCGACGGCCAACAAGCUACACUCCUCACCUACACAUCGAACGAUGACGCCGAUGAAAGCUAUCUCUGCACAGGUGGCGCCGGUCCACCCGGUACCAUAACUCUUUCUGGUUCCCACGUGGCGAUAACGACGCACGAGCGUAGACGGCUGCUGCGAGCUAGACAACAGGCAUGGAAGGAUGAUAGCUUGAGGGAGGCGAGGGAGCAGGAGCGGCGGGAGAUGGCUAGGCAGAAUGGGGUGCAGAUCCCGGAACAUAACGCGCCGUACUUUUCGGACGUGCAAGACGAGAAUGCGACGAGGGAGGCGUUGAGUCUGAAUAGGAGUAUUGAAAUGGAGAGAGCGUGGAUAUUGAAACUCGCGGGGUACAGAAAAAAAGCUGAAGAAGAGAAAGUACCCUUCCCGCUGAACGUCUCUGGCUACGAAGCGUUGGAAGACUCGGAGGUAACGCGGUUAGAGGGAGAUGUCGAGGUAUUGGAUGGCUGGUUGACUAGUAUGGGUUACACUGACAUUCUCUUUUCCCCUGAAAGAGAUGCGAGCGGUGACAAGAAGACACCGCUGAGCUCGAAACGAUUAGCUGCCAGAACGAAACGACUCAAAGCGAUCCAGCAACGAGAAUCAGACCGGCAGUACCUCGAACAUAUCGCGGAUUUACAACGCCAAGCACUUUCCAUGGGUUAUAACUUCCCCGAAGGCGUCCCAGGUUGGGAAGAAGUCCAUCACUCGGAGCAACGUCGUAUAUUAUGGGCGGCGUAUACAAACCAAGUCAACGCCACGUCGAAGAAGAAGAGAAAAAAGGCGCGACGAGGAUCACGGAAUUCGAACACCAUCGCCACUCCCGAGGAGCAGGCCCGAAUGAAACGUUACGCGUUUUUGAAGGAGAAACUUGAGCAGCCAUACUGGGAAGAGCGAGUACGUGAGACCGGAGAGUCGAGAAGCGCCAUCUUGCGAGCCGGAGGGAGAUGGCCGGAAGACGCGACAUACGAGGACGAUAAUGAUGAGGAGUUGAAGGAGCUGGUGGGUUAUAUGACAGAAUUUUUGGAGCUGAAGGAAGAGUUUGGAGAUCAAUAG